UUAAAAAUAAAAUAGGAACGCAGAACUUCUUCCUCCCAUCACUCAGCUUAGCUUCCUUUCCUUUACCUAUCGGCGCCACCGCCCCUCUCCGGCAAUUCUAGCGGCGACUUUCUUCAUCCCAUCUGCUCCACCCACCGUCUUGUCGUCGUUCUGGUGUCUCUCCGUCGCAGCAUCUCACUGUUUUGGUGUAUCAAUAUAACUUCUCUCUCGCGUCCUCUCUCUCUCUCAACUUCGACCUAAACAAUUCUCACUAAAUGUAAGGAAUUGAGAGCCGCUUAGAUGCAUUGUACAAUAUACACAAUCUACCAAAAUGUUAUGAAGGAGUAGCCGCUUCUUCUAGAAACAAUAGACUAAAAAAUACUCUUCCAUCUUCAACUCUAAAAAUACUCUCUUCCACCAAUUCAAUCCUCUUCCAUCUUCAACUCCGAUCCGUCAUCACAGGAGUAACAAAUAAGAAUGAAGGAUAAACCCUGUCGCUAACCUUGCGCCGGAUAAUUGAAGAAGGUACGCCCUAGCACCUCGUUCCCGUGCCGUCGUCACCAUUGCGUAAGUCAUUGUCUCCAUAGUUGCACCGUCAACUAAAGUGAACCGCUGCCUCCGCCGUGUCACGCAACUGUCCUCAGGUGCACGCAUCUAAUCUCAGGAGAACGAGAUAGAGAUGAGAGAGAUUCAGUUACAGUUGAGUCAAACUCAGAAGGUCCGUCUACAGAAGGCUCUAGAACACCUGGAAUCUCUAUCUUCUAAGGUGAAUUCCGAUGCUUCGGUGACCAUAGCAGAUUCUAUACCUGUCAACCAUGAAGACGGCGUGCUCAAGGGACACGGAACUGCCGUUCUGGAGGGAGAAGUCGUUGCCACGCUCUGUGGUGUUGUCGAGCGUGUUAACAAGCUUGUUUAUGUCCGCACGUUGCGGUCAAGGUACAAACCUGAGGUUGGUGACAUUGUUAUUGGGCGUGUCAUUGAGGUUGCUCAGAAACGUUGGAGAUUGGAUAUUAAUUACAGUCAAAAUGCUUAUCUGAUGCUUUCUGCUAUGAAUAUGCCUGAUGGUGUACAGAGGCGAAGGACAGCUUUGGAUGAACUAAAUAUGCGCUGUAUUUUUGAGGAGGCAGAUGUCAUUUGUGCCGAAGUUCGUGGUUUUCAGCAGGAUGGCUUACAUCUUCAAGCAAGAAGUCAAAAAUAUGGAAAGCUUAGUACUGGUCAACUGAUUACAGUCACACCUUAUUUAGUGAAGAGACAGAAACAACAUUUCCAUCAUCUGGAGCAGUAUGGAAUUGAUUUAAUAAUUGGCUGUAAUGGAUUCAUAUGGGUUGGGGAACAUGUUGAAGUCAGAGAUGACAUGGUAGAAGAUCAAGUGAGCCAAUCUGAUCCACAAGUUUUAAUUCCCAAUAAAAAUUCUGUGAGUCUUGAAGAACAAGAGAAAAACUAUACGGCAUUGGAGACAAGAAAACACAUAUGCAGGGCUGCUAAUGCUGUUAGAGUAUUGUCCACUUUAGGUUUCAUUAUAACUUUGGAAAUCAUCAAGGGAGUUAUUGAUCUAAGUCUUUCUAUGAAUCUUGAUAUACACGACAUGCUUGGUUCAGAGUUCUGUGUUCUGGUUGCCGAAAAAGAGGCAGAAAGAAGAAGCUCAAAUAAAAAGAAGCGGUAGAUUGUGAAAUCGUGGUUAUUAUAAAAGCCAAGUUUUAUUAUUCCUUUGCUCGUCUGCAAAUUGGGUAAAGAAGAGUAAAGGAAUCCUUCUAUUUGUAGCAAGUUUUUCUUCAAUCAAGUUGGAUGGACUUAUUUUUUAUGUUAAAGCUAUUGCACCUGCAGAGAUGUUAAAGCAGGUAUAAUGAAAUUGGGUGAACUGUUUUUCCGAUUGGCCGUUUUGCUACCUUGCUUUUCAGGAUUCACACGAAGUGACCUGUGGCCCUUGUCUGUAUUGUUUGCAUAGUCUUAUGGGUUGUUUUUGGAUCUUCGAUUUGUAUACUGAAUUAGUAUUUUUUUUUGGAAAAGUAUACUGAAUUAGUAUUGAUACUUUCAUUAUAAUUUACAAACGUA